CUGUUCUAAUUUGCAUUAUUCCUUUUCCUGUUCAUACUGUGGUUUUCGAAUAUGUAGGAUCUGGUGAGGGGCAGGAGAAUAUCAUUAACAUCAAGCUUAGCCUGAGGUUUGCAGAGCUUGGGUUUCAAUCCAGGCUUGAAGCUGAUGCCAAUGAGCUGCCGAGUGUGAACUGUGAAGUAUUUAAGCUUUAAUCUUGAUUUGACAUAUAUUACUAACAGUUUUUCAUUUCAUUUGGAAACUAGCUUUGUUUCAGGAGCAAGAUAGCCUAUAAGGAGUAGAUUGCAGUAAAAGGAUAGAUGAGAUAGUUCCUAAGAAAAAGAAAAUCUACUUAGUUGAAAAUUUGACAAAAUUAAAUCCUGUUAGGUAGGUUCACCAGCCAAUAUUGGUGCUGGAAUGCUGAAUUGUUGAUGGCGACAUAGAUUCAAAGUCAAAAGAAAAGAGCAAUUCCUUGAAAAAGGAAACCAACUCCAAGCACAGGUGAAAAUGGAUUAAAAACAAAACAAAAAAAGGAUAGAGAAGCAUGGAUUUCAAAGUGACGCGCGCGUAGGCGUCCGCCCACCGAAAAUGAACACGUCACCACCCAAGGUUAGAAGAAGAGAGAAGAAAAUGGGAUUAGGUUCUGAGGAAGGAAAGGUGAAGUCUUCGGAUAUGUGCAAAUCAAAGGUAAGGAAGAAGAAGAAGAAAAACAGUGAAAAAGAAGGUCUUGAUGAUGAAGCUGUGGUGGAAGAAACAGGGUGUUGGGUUAAGUUAAGGUUUAUUGGAAGCUGCAUUUCUUCAAGAUCCAAAGUUGAUAGUUCUGUUAGUGGUACUAGCACCCGUUAUGAUAACAAAUCUGCCAAUGAUACCAGUAGAGAUCAACCGGCAGCUGCAGUUGUCUCAUCUACAACCACUAGCAAUACAGAAAGUAAUUCAUCCACUUCCAAACUUGAAGAUGAGCUUAAAGUCGCAUCUCGGUUACGGAAGUUCACAUUUAACGAUCUAAAGUUGGCAACAAGAAACUUCAGACCUGAGAGUCUCCUUGGUGAAGGUGGUUUUGGUUGUGUUUUCAAGGGGUGGAUCGAAGAAAAUGGAACUGCUCCAGUUAAACCAGGCACUGGGCUUACUGUUGCUGUUAAAACACUCAACCAUGAUGGCCUCCAGGGUCACAAAGAAUGGCUGGUUUACACCUUUCCUCGGCGUUUCUGCUCUACUCACUAUUUCAUAUCAGCCGAAGUGAAUUUUCUUGGUGAUCUCAUCCAUCCUAACUUGGUUAAACUUGUUGGUUAUUGCAUUGAAGAUGAUCAGAGACUGCUAGUGUAUGAGUUUAUGCCUCGAGGAAGCUUGGAGAACCACCUCUUCAGAAGAUCCUUGCCCCUUCCUUGGUCCAUAAGGAUGAAAAUUGCUCUAGGUGCUGCGAAAGGUCUUGCAUUUCUUCAUGAAGAGGCAGAAAGACCUGUGAUAUAUCGGGAUUUCAAAACCUCUAAUAUCCUACUAGAUGCAGACUAUAAUGCAAAGCUUUCUGAUUUUGGACUUGCUAAAGAUGGUCCUGAGGGAGACAAAACCCAUGUAUCAACCCGUGUGAUGGGAACAUAUGGCUAUGCAGCCCCAGAAUACGUAAUGACUGGACAUCUUACAUCAAGAAGUGAUGUUUACAGUUUUGGUGUGGUUCUACUCGAAAUGUUGACUGGUAGAAGAUCCAUGGACAAAAACCGACCUAACGGAGAACAUAAUCUUGUAGAAUGGGCUCGGCCUUAUCUUAGAGAGAGAAGAAGAUUCUAUAGAUUGAUCGACCCUAGGCUUGAAGGUCACUUUUCAAUUAAAGGUGCUCAGAAAGCUGCACAGAUGGCUGCUCACUGUCUUAGCCGUGAUCCGAAAGCUAGACCUUUAAUGAGUGAAGUGGUGGAAGCCUUGAAGCCUCUACCAAAUCUCAAGGACAUGGCAAGCUCAUCAUAUUAUUUCCAGACAAUGCAAGCAGAACGGGUAGGGUCGAGCCCAAAUGCUAGAAAUGGUAUCCGAACUCAAGCUGGAUUACUUUCAAGGAAUGGGCACAGAAGCCUUUCCAUUCCCAAUGGUUCCCAUGCUUCUCCCUAUCACCAUCAGUAUCCCUAUCAAUCACCAAAACCCAAUGGUAAACCAUAAAGUUGGGUACUUAAUUAUCCUUUCCCCUAACCUCUUCUCAUAAUUUAUUUCUCCCCCCCCCCCCCCCCCCCUUUUUCUCUUGGUAUAGUCUACAGAUGUAUUCUGUCAAGGCAUUUGUUCCCAGACAAUGGAAAAAGUAACAGAGAAACAUGUUUGCUUUAUGUUAUGUUUAGGAUGUUAGCCUCCCAGCAGGAUAGUCAGGGCUGGUGAAGCUUAUGGAGCAAAAUUCCAUGUUAAUCAUCUGUUGCUUUAAUCUAUUUGAAAAUAUAAAAGAUUAGCUUUCUGUUCUCCUUCCUCUGAUAUAUGCAAGGGCUGAAAGAGUUGCCUCUUUCUUUUGAUGAGUAGCCUUUGUCCUGAGCAACUCUUUAGAAAUUAUUCUCAUUUAAAUGAAUUCAUAUAAUGGAAUUUAAGAAUAAGUCUAUCUGAUAUGAUUAGUGAUUCAAUAUAGACAAUAAUUCAAAGGAUAAUCUUUAUUCCUUUGAAUAAAGAAGUGGAUGUCUUGUCCAAAACAAAAGCACACUCAAAUGGCCAAAGAAGUGGAUGUCCUGUCCAAAACAAAAUCUUGAGACUUUAUACAUUUGUGAAGCAAAAAGAUAUAAGAAUAAUAUAACAAAAAGAGUUAUAAAAGAGAAAAAGAAUUUGUGAAGCAAAAAAAAUUAGUAGAUGAUAUCAUGGGUUGACAACUACACUCAUAAUUUAACUUUUGACAUUAUUAUUUAAUUAAAAAAAAAAACCCACGCACACACACGCGAAAAGUCUCCAUCAGAUUUAAAAAAGGGCUCAGCGUCCAGCGGUUCACCCGGCACGUAUUGAGAAGAGGAGUAACAACUUGGUAAUUCCUCCGUUGGCUUUAUCCAGACGACAGCGACAAUUCUUAUAGCUUUU